AAGAAGCAAAACAUUUGAUUGAGAUACUUGAGAUCCAAGAUAAAUAUGUCUUUAAGUCGUAGAGAUCCUCUUGUGGUCGGCAGUGUUGUUGGAGAUGUUCUUGAUCCUUUCACGAGGUUGGUCUCUCUUAAGGUCACUUAUGGCCAUAGAGAGGUUACUAAUGGCUUGGAUCUAAGGCCUUCUCAAGUUCUGAACAAACCAAUAGUGGAGAUUGGAGGAGACGACUUCAGAAAUUUCUACACCUUGGUUAUGGUGGAUCCAGAUGUGCCGAGUCCAAGCAACCCUCACCAACGAGAAUAUCUCCACUGGUUGGUGACUGAUAUACCUGCCACCACUGGAAAUGCCUUUGGCAAUGAGGUGGUGUGCUACGAGAGUCCACGUCCCCCCUCGGGAAUUCAUCGUAUUGUGUUGGUAUUGUUCCGGCAACUCGGAAGACAAACGGUUUAUGCACCGGGGUGGCGCCAACAGUUCAACACUCGUGAGUUUGCUGAGAUCUACAAUCUUGGUCUUCCUGUGGCUGCCUCUUACUUCAACUGCCAGAGGGAGAAUGGCUGUGGGGGAAGAAGAACGUAGAUGCGUACCUACUUACGUUAACUAAUAAUCUAAUCGUAUAAUAUUCCCUUAAUGAAGUAUUUAAGCAUCUAUGUCAAUGUAAUAAGAAUUUAAAGAUACGAGCUAAAAAAAAUGAUGCAUAUGCUGACAUCGAUGUAAAGUAGUUUACACUUUUAAUGUAAUAACUAGGUUUUAACCCGCGGUACACCGCGAGACUAUUUUGUUUUUUUAAGAAUAAAAAUAUAAUUUGUUUAGUCGAUU